AUGCUGCUGAGCGGAGCGGCCGGCUCGGAGCGCGGCGGCUGCAGCGGGGGCGGGGCCGGCGGGGCCCCGCAGUGCGUGGGCACCAUGGCCCGCUGGCUCCGCGAACACCUGGGCUUCCGCAGCGCCCGGCCCGCGCCGCCCGCGCCGCCCAAGCCCGACUACCGCGCCGGGCCGCCGCCUCAGCCGCCCCUGCCGCCCGGGGGCGCGGCCGAGCCGCUGGCCGCCGCCCAGCCCGACAUCGUGGCGGCCUACCGGCUGCAGAAGGAGCGCGACUUCGAGGACCCCUACAGCGGCCCGCCGCCCGCCGCCGCCGCCGCCCCCGACGGGCCCCGCUACGUCUCGCCCAAGCACCGGCUCAUCAAAGUGGAGGCGGUGGAAAAGGUGACCGCCAGCCCCCCGCCGCCGCCGCCGGUGCCGGCCCCCCCCAGCUCGCCCCCGGCCGGCCCCGAACCGCCCGACGAGCCGCCGCAGGAGCUGGCUGUCCUGGAGGACUACGCAGAUCCCUUUGAUGCGGCACAGGUGGCAGGUAGCCAGGCAGGGCUGGAGAAGGUGAUGGAGAAUGACGGAUAUAUGGAGCCAUAUGAAGCCCAAAAGAUGAUGGCUGAGAUCCGCCAGAAGGGCUUACGGGAGGCUCCUGCCCGGCCGCUGCACCUCUACGACACUCCGUAUGAGCCUGUGCUGGACACGGACAGUGACUGCUCAGCUUGCCCCAGGCCCAGGGAGUCCCGGCUGCCCGAGGAUGAUGAGCGGCCCCCAGAGGAAUAUGACCAGCCCUGGGAAUGGAAGAAGGAGCGGAUCUCCAAAGCCUUUGCAGUUGAAAUCAAGGUCAUUAAAGACCUGCCAUGGCCCCCGCCGGUGGGACAGCUGGACAGCAGUGAAAGCCCCCUGGAUGGGGAGGCUGGUGCCCCCAUCCCUCCGCAGCACAGCUACGAAGACGCCAAUGGUCCAUCGGAGGGGCUGGGGUACGGCCGCACCUCGCCCUGCAGGGAGGAGAAGGCCAGGGCUGUCCUCAGGCAUGGCUCCAGCAGCCUCAAGAGCACAAAGACGCUGACCGCUGAGCCUGGCCCCUUUGUCGGGGAGAGGAUUGACCCUGCCCUGCCCCUGGAGAGCCAGUGCUGGUACCACGGGGCCAUCAGCCGGACGGACGCAGAGACGCUGCUGAGGCUGUGCAAGGAGGCCAGUUACCUGGUGCGCAACAGCGAGACCAGCAAGAACGACUUCUCCCUCUCCUUGAAGAGCAGCCAGGGCUUCAUGCACAUGAAACUGUCCCGGACACAGGAGAACAAGUACGUGCUGGGCCAGCACAGCCCGCCCUUUGACAGCGUGCCGGAGAUCAUCCAUCACUACGCCAGCCGCAAGCUGCCCAUCAAGGGGGCUGAGCACAUGUCCUUGCUUUACCCGGUGGCUAUCCGCACCCUAUAGUAAUCACCCCCAUGAGCCAGGCUCAAGGCUGGGUGCACCCAAAACUGGCCCAUCCACAGGGCUGAGUGCCGCCGUGCCAAGGAUGGGCUCCAGACCGUCAGCCCAUGAGCAGCUCGCUGGGCACAGCCAGUGCUGUAGGGGAUUGCUGCAGCCAGGCCCCUCGUCCUGCUCUCCCAGGGGCUCCCGUGCGCUGGUUUGUGUUCUGGCGUGGCACUGGAAGGACCCCCUGUGCGAGGAGCUGAGUGGGGCUCGCCGGCUGUCCACACCUCCACACCUGCCUCCUUGGCAGAGCUUGGGAUGCCAGGACUGGAGCUGGGACCUUGGAGAGUCCAGGGAGGGGGGCAGUGUGUGCGAGUAUGGGAAUAAAUCAUCCGGUAGCAGGCCUGAGGUACCUCCAUGAGGGUGCCUAGCUCUGCCCAUGAGAGACGAAACAGCUGUGCCUGCAGGUAAGGAGGCUGGCAGGAGUGAGCAGGACCUGCCUGGGGCCAGCGAGGCACACAGGGUGCGAGGCAGGCUGCCCUCACCUGCACCAGUGCUCAGUACUCACUGCCAUCCUUUGCCAAACGUAAAUAGUGACCGGCCUUGGCCAUGUGUGCAGCACCACUGCCUAAUAAAGCGGUGCAUGGUUGUCUCCUGCUUCAUGGAA